ACAAACUCGUGACCAGGGUCCCUCUCACGCCUCCAAGGGUGGUCACGGACUUCAGUUGGGCGCUUAUACACGCUGUGUCGGAGGCGAUCGUCAAGACCACAACCGAAGCGUACCUCGAGGCCUGCUGGCAAAGCCUCACAGACCCUACGAAGCAGCCCAAGACUCUCGUAAGUCUCUGCGGUGCCCACCUGUUGCACAGUUUCGCGCACACCCUGAAGAGCAAAGGAGUGGCUGCAGAGGCAAGACCUGGCUUCAUGUGGCUCUUCGCCAGCAUGCAGCAGGCCACCUCGCUGCAAACUCUAGACACAACGUACAAGCGACUCUGUGUCCUGGCCCUGUCGAGGAGCAAGUGCGCCGUGGAGCUGCCGGAAGUCACGCGCGUAGACUAUGGAACAGACGACCGCCAAGAAACCGAGGCGCCGCUGGAGGCAGCCGAAGACGCGCCAGCCCGGAGGACCUACCGCGCGCGGACCGCGUUCGGGCGUCACUUCGAGGACAUCACUAACGGAGUCAAGUGCAGCCUGCAGACGGACGGGGAAGCCAGCGAUGUCCCCAACAAGUACUUCUGCCCUGGCCUGGUAGAGUACUUGCUGGGGGCUGUCAUGCCGCUCACUCCACUUUGGAGUCAAGUGAUCUCGGCUGCCGUGGUGACCAACGCGGCAGUCGAGUCACACUUCAAGGUCGUCAAAAAACAGAUGCUGCAGGGACGCACUCGACUGCAGCCAGGCGACUUUGUGCGAGUCCUGCUGAAGGACACGGCUGCCCGCAUGAAGGCGGCUUUGAUCCCGAGCCGGCCUGUCCUCAGGGGCCGGAAAAGGAAGGCAGCAGAAGGGCUGUUUCAUCCUGAAACCCAGGAGGAAUGCUGGGCCAAGCGCCGCACGAGUGACAAGCCCACGUGGUAUGCUCGUACUAAGCCACCGCUGGACUUGGCCCCCGAGACGGCCCCUGCCCAAGCGACGAAACCGGCCCCCAAGACGGCCCCAGCCCCGGCGACCAAAUCGGUCCCUGAGCGAGCACCGUCAGCCGCCACCGCAGCAGAGCGUGGACCGUCAGUCACGGUCCCUGAGCGAGCACCGUCAGCCGCCACCGCAGCAGAGCGUGGACCGUCAGCCACGGUCCCUGAGCGAGCACCGUCAGCCGCCACCGCAGCAGAGCGUGGACCGUCAGUCACGGUCCCUGAGCGAGCACCGUCAGCCGCCACCGCAGCAGAGCGUGGACCGUCAGCCACGGUCCCUGAGCGAGCACCGUCAGCCGCCACCGCAGCAGAGCGUGGACCGUCAGCCACGGUCCCUGAGCGAGCCAGCGGACGAGCGCCGUCAGCCGCCACCGCAGGGCGUCCCAAAGGACGGGCGCCGUCAGCCGCCACCUCAGGGCGUCCCAAAGGACGGCCGCUGCGAACAGGACAACCACCGAAGCGCAGACCCUGGCUGACCGCGGAGGACAUCGAUCUGUUCUGCGAGUCCAUAUCAUCUCCGCAGGUGCUGGCACUGUCGGUGUACUGGUAUGGUGCUCUCAGGACACCCUGUCGACGCUGCACCACAGAAUCGAUGAGGCAGUUCGCCACAGCGAACACGUGGUUGUUGCCACUGAAUAUUGGCAAUCACCGGGUCCUCUUCGUAGUGGAUUGGCGCCGUCAAGUGGUGCUGUUCUUCGACUCCAUGGGCUGUUGGCCAUCCGGAGCCUACACAGAGGCAGUGCAGCUCCUCAUGGAGGCGACGCAGCCCCAUCUCAAGUGGACCAGCUGGCGCCUGGUGGUGCCCGAGACUCCGCAGCAGACGGACACGUGGAGCUGCGGCUACAGAGUUUGCUGGCUGGCACUCGCGGCGGCCACUGGCAGCACUACGCCGUACUCUUCUGAUGCUGAAGAAAACGUGCUCGCUCGGAUACAGAAGGCGACAAAGCUUGCCAACGCGCCAUCAGCCUGUCGGUGUGCGGAAGCGCAGGUUGUCGGUGUGCGGCCGCAGUCACUCAGACGACUGAGAGUGGCAACACCGGCCAACCUCUACCUGGCUGCUCUCCGCUGAUACGCUGGAUCGGAGCGUCGCCGCCGCCGUCCGACUGGUGGCAUCGCGCCAGAGCUGCACCGACGCAGUGCUGGCCCUGCUGCUCGACACGGCCGCGCUGCUGCGAAGUCGACUCAUUGGCCGGAUCCACUGUGUGCCUGCUGAUGCUCACCCGCCGGCAGCCGGCGGUCACGGCCUGGUGGCGGCACGGCGGCGCCGACCUGACUCAGUGUCACCAGGGCAGGUAGUGUUUUGGACCA